AUGGCUCGGUGUAUGGUAAUCUUCGUCUCGGUGCUGGGAGUUGUUGCGGCUAAGGGUCUCCCCUACCCGAGCGCUCCCGAUUGUGGGGAGAACGAGGUUCAUCAGGACUGCCAGCCACAAUGCCAGCCAAAAUGUGGACAACCUUACCACUGCGAUGUGUCGUCGUAUGUGAGCCAGUGUGAGCCGGGCUGCUACUGCAAAGAAGGCUACCUCAUCAAGAACAAUACCGACGGAUCGACCUCGUGCGUUAAGAAAAGCCAAUGCGGCUAUCCGGCCCCGACCCCGGCUCCGGCUGGCUGCAUGCAGAGCUGCUCUACGACACCCGAGAAGGUUGACGGAUGCGAAUGCCCAGCCGGAACCACGAUGACGCGCAGCAGCGAGGACCUGGAUGUCUGCGUGCCUGAGGAUCAGUGCAAGCCGCCCACGCCUGCGCCGACGCCGGAACCGACGCCUGCGCCAACGCCCGAGCCGACACCCGAGCCAACAACGCCAACGACAACGACGACAUGCUCCCCGGUGUACGAAUUCGAGGACUGCUGCGAAGUCAAGUGCAGUCGCAACGGAUAUCCUGUGGGGCCUAUGGUGAGCUGCACCGAGACACCGACGAAAUCGAUGUGCGAGUGCGCCGAGGGCACGAUUAUUUUGCCCAGCGAGAAUGGCUUCAAUGUCUGUGUGCCGGCCGAGACUGCAGAGUGCACGACAACGACCGUGACCACAACUCCCACGACUACUGAGACCACGACGCUGACCACGACGACGCCUACCACAACCACGCACUGCGCUCCGGUGAAGUAUGAGUUCGGCUCGGACUGCCGGUAUGUCUGCGGUGGCUACGAUUCCCGCUCUGUGACGUGCGACACCGAGCCCAAGGAGCUCGACACCUGCGUCUGCCCCGAUGACUGCGACUCCGUGCCAUUCAACGAGGGCGACAUCUGCGUCCCAAGGGAUCAGACAGUCUGCGCAACCACGCCGACAGAGCCUCCGGUUACGACCCUUUGCCAACCGGACAUCUACAAGUAUGAUGGGUGCCACUACGACUGUGCCACGGACUGUGUUGAUACCUGCGGAGAGCUCGUCAGAACCCCCGACUGCAAGUGCCAAGACGGCGAGUUUGAGUCGACCUACGACGGAAAGACAGUCUGCGUGCCGCAGGGAGAAAAGGAGCAAUGCCCGCCGCCAACGGAAGCACCGACCCCCAGUCCGAGCACCACAACUGAGACUACCACGACAGAAGUCACGACCACAACUACCACUGAGGCAUCAACCACAACCACGACACCGGCGCCGACCGAGUGCCCCAACAAGGCCACGGUCUACAACUGCACCCCGCAAUGUACCUGGGACUGCAAGAAGAAGGCGCUGUCCACGAGCUGCAAGGCAGAGAAGUGCCCGCUAGAGGAGAUUUGCGGCUGCCCCGAGGGUAGCGUUUUGGUGCCGUACAGUGGCGGAUACGCUGCACCUGGCCAAGUCUGCGUCACCAAGAGCUGCCCAUCAGGCGGAUAUGCCAACCCAGCUCAC